CUCAUGUUCUUACAUUACGGCUGUAACGUAAUUAGUCAAACAAACACGAAUAUUAAUAACGGGCUAACUCCGUGUCUUAAAAAACCCAACGCGUGGGCGUGGCUACGGGGAAGGGGCGGGGUCCGGUUGCAUGUACAAUGGCCCGAUAUGUUGACUGAAUAGCAUAACCCGCCAUCUUGUCGUAACUCCUCUACGUGCGUGGAAGAGUGACUUCAAAGGGGAUCCAGUCACGUAUUUUCUUUAUUUUAUUAUUAUUUUUUAGAUAAGUGAAGAGGUUGGAUCCCGAGUUGAAUCUGGCUAGUUAGUAUUUUUUUUUAUUAAUUUCCGCCGUUGUUUCUGGACUCGACGAUACAAGGAACAGAGAUGAGCAUCGAAACGCUGUUAGAGGCGGCGAAGUUUUUGGAAUUGCAAGCCCAGCAACAACAGAAAACACGUGAAGAAAAUGAGCUUCAGGAAAAGCGGCGUUGUGAACAAGAGGCGGAGAAACGAAAAGUAGAAGUGAACUCUUAUGGUCAACCUGUACGAAUUAACCACAUGACCCGAGUGGAGGACUCAGGUCCAGAGCAUCGCCUUGUAACAGCACCGGCCCCCCCUCCUCCCCCCACCAUGCCUUUUACCGUCAUCCCCAUCACAGUGGUAUCCUCCACACCCUCGGCCCUCCCCACGCCCCCCACCACAGCUAUCAGCCCCACGACAGCGUCCCACCUGACUCCACCUAGAAAAGAUGUCCACACACUCCUAAACCAGCAGACACUUCACCAGCACAACCUCAUCUCGUCUCAGGUGAAGGCAGAGCCCACAUCACCCUGUCAGUCCAAUGGCACCAAACCUUCCCCACCCCAGCCGCUUCAGACCUACCCCGGCUCCAUCAUCACAGCUUCCCAGCAUCCACUUCUCCCGCAGCCUGGGCUCUCUUCAGCCCAAACCAGUCCUGCAGCCAGUGGCAGCUCACCUGAUGACCACCGUAAUUUGGAUGGGAAAAAAAGACCUGGAGGGGCAGGAACAAGAGAAGUACAUAACAAACUUGAAAAGAACAGACGGGCUCAUUUAAAGGAGUGUUUUGAGACCCUUAAGAAGAAUAUCCCAAAUGUUGAUGAAAAGAAGACGUCUAACCUAAGCGUUCUGAGAAGUGCUCUGAGAUACAUUCAGACUCUGAAAAGGAAGGAGAAAGAUUACGAGCACGAAAUGGAGCGGCUGGCGCGGGAGAAGAUCGCACUGCAGCAGAGAUUGGCCGAAUUGAAAAAUGAGCUGAGUCAGAGAUUGGAUGUGAUUGAGAUCGACCGUGUCCUUCGACAGACUGUCCAACCUGAUGAUGACCAGGCCUCUACCUCCACUGCUUCGGAAGGCGAAGACAACUUUGAUGAUGACAUCGAAGACGAGAGCUUGUCAGCCACGCCAAAUGCCUUACCCAAAGUGCCUUCUGCAUUCCAGCCAGAGUUAAAAAAGCCCCGGCCUGCCUCUUCCUUCCUAACACAGCACAUUUCAAUCCAACAAAAGCCGUCUUUGACAUUACCCCCCAUUUCUCCGGCUCAGCUGUCCCCUGCCGGCCCAAUCACGGCUCCUGCUUUGUCCCCAACACCGGCGCAGGCUGCCAACGGUCCAACCUCCAUUCCGGCCAUCCAGCAGCCACAUGCGGUGACCAUACCUGCGGCCCACACCCACAUCAUGACAGCGCCCAGCCUCCAGCCUACCGUAAUCGCUCACGCGGGAUCGGCAUCGCACGCCUCCGUCAUACAGACUGUCAACCAUGUCCUUCAGCCGGGCUCCAAACAUGUGGCUCAUAUUGCCCCCUCCACCUCCAGUUCUGUGCAGCUGACACCUGGACCUCAGACUAUAAGCCACAUCACAGUACACCCUGUGGCCCACCUACCUGCCAUCUACCCUCAGCCCGUGGCUGUCACACAGCCCACCGUCAUGGGCCACAUCGCACACACGUUCUCUCACGGCCAGAUGAACGGCACGUCUGCCCCCAGCACACCGGCCGCCAUGGUUAGCAAGCAGACGCCGGUCGGUGCUCAAGUGGUCGCACAUCACCCUCAACUGGUCGGCCAGACUGUCCUUAACCCGGUCACCAUGGUGACCAUGCCCUCGUUCCCAGUCGGCACGCUAAAGCUGGCCUGAAGCGAAAUGGACUUGUGGUCGAAAGGCGAUGCCCCCCUCCCUUAUGCAGCCACAAGCUGCAUUGCAAUCAAAUGAACUAUAAACUUACAGGACUCAGUACAUUCCAAAUGACAACAAAGUAUAUAAAGACUCUAUAAAGACUCAAAACAAAGAAAUUUAUUGAAUGUCUAUUGCUAUAUAAUGAUAUAUAUAAUAAAAGACAAAAAGAA